AUGACGCUAACAGUACCCCAGCUCCGCCACCAGACCCCUGGGACGAUCAACCUGCUGCUCAAUCCUGGUCACGUCAACCGCAAGGAGGCACUGGACCCCGAUCAUCCUGCCUGGCGCCAAUGGCUUCCCAAUCGACGUGCCCUCCCUGUACUUCACUCCCCGGCCCUAACUCUGCGCCUCUUCCCUUCCGGCAUGCUCGGCCGCCCCGCUCCCGUCGAGCUGCAGGAGCCCUUCAAGCGCCCGUUCACGCCUUGGCGAGAAGCCGUGCGCGCGAAGAUCGAGGAGGCGCAGGAACAUGACACCCCCCUCAUGGCUCACGUGCAAAGCGCGGUGCGCGACGGAAGAGCGCAUAUGUCCUUAGUCUUCGCCUCCAGCCUCAAGCGCCAAGGGAAGCGACGAUAUCUACGCGUCUCGUCCAUGCGCGCGCUGAAGCAGGCGAUCAACCUCAUCGUCACGCGCGGCGCUCAAGCGGGGGACCUCGUGCGCGGACGGCGGCAGCUCAUUCUCGAUGAGCAGGACGGGCAGGCGAACGUUGAGAGAUGGGUCCUGGCAGGCUGGACCUACGUGUUCUUCACGUCACUCGAGAUGCACACGAUGACCCAAGCCGACGUCGUAUCAUUCCUGCGUCCGAUGUUGCGCAAGGCCUGGGACGCCGCUGUGGCAAUGGAAACCGAGUGGCUGCGACAUGACGCGGACGUCAACACCACGAAACUGAGGAUUGAGCAGCCAGACGUCUACUUCCCUAGGACCAAGGGGAGCGAAGCGUCGAGCUAUAGCGUACGCGCCGGAGCUGACACGCGCACGCCGGACUUACAUCUUACCUCAUUCCUAUACGCUCUGUUCGAUUUCAAUUAUGACAUCUCGCCUUACAACGCGUCGAGUCUUGAAUGUCCUGAAUACAUCGCGCGUCAGGGGCUCGAGCGAGACGUACACGAUGUCUCGCCGCCGCCAACCGAAGCCAACGCCGAAAAUUGCCAUACCUUCUUCCGACAUCUCAACGCGCAGAACCCUAGAGAACUGCCCCGUUGUUCAACACCGUAUCUUAUAGAGCACUUCGAGUAUUACUGGGGCAUGCAAAAGGGGGAGCUUGAUCUGGAAUCGCCACUGAAUCAUAUCGAGCUUCGCCUCGACAUGUCCGAACGGCUCAGAUCGGGUGACUGGACUCUCAUACCGACCCCGGAGACCCUUGGAUCGAUGCUACGAAUGGCCGAGUACAACAAGACCGCGCCCAUUCACGCACGCAAGCACUACCUCCUGGAAUUCCCCGCUCAAGAAUACGAAUACGACGUGAUCCCGUUGUGCAUGCUAGAAGAAAAGCCCCCGACGCUCUAUGUCCACGGUGGCGCGCGCCCUAAGACGUAUCGCCCGCCGUACAAGGACCUCCCUCGCAUCAGGUCAUCUGCGCAUCCAUUUUUCGUCGUCUGGGUCGCAAGCGAGCAGAUCGACAUGAACGCCUCAUCCUACCUGCCCGAAGAGGACGCGCAGCGGCUGACCGAUGCUCUUGGCGACAUCGUCGAUUGCUGGGAUAAGCAACCCCCGGAGGCCUUCCUCAUCGGCCCGGACGUCUGGAAGCAGCAUCGCCACCCUCUGAGCGACGAUGGGCAGGAAGCGGACGCCGCUCUGCGCGACUCCCGCAAGGACAAUGUUCUCAUUGCCUCCAACACGCGAAAGACAACGCGUGCGCCCUGUCGCCAGCCGAAGACCGUCGCGAAGGCUAAGCCCUACGCGAGAUACGACGAUCGUCGCGCCGCUGAUAGAGGCUCCGCCCUUCCUCGCCCCGGCAUCCAAUCUGUAGAACGUCCCGAGGGCUACAUCGCCUACGACCUGCCCGACCUGCGCACAUGGAACGACCGCGCCAGGAUCGAGUCCACGUCCACCUCGCUCUCCUGGUCGUCGACAUGGCUGCACGACGAGGCCGCCUCGGACGACGUUCUCGCGCGGUAUCGCCGCGAGAGCGCGCGCGACGCCGAGGAUGCGCUACAUCCGCAGAGCACUAUCAAUGGUGGCGGUCUUGUCCUUGGUCGGGGGGAAGACCGCUCGCGCUUCUCGAGCAACAACUGGGCGAUGCGCGCGUGCGGAGUUUGCCUGUGGACGCUCGACAACCCAUACGAUGUCAUUAAGGAGAUCCAGUGA